AAUAUUCAUUUUACAACUUGUCGGCGUUUGUUGCAAUUGUGUUUCAAUCCAGCUUAUGCAAGUGAUGCCUGGGGAAGGCUGGUCCUCUGUUUGUUUCUAUGUCCGAAAACUACUUGUCUUUCUCAGUCGUCUGGACCGUUAAGUGUGGUAUUAACCGUUAAGUAACAAUGAGUCAACUCGAGAACGGUAGCUAGAAGAUCCUUUCCUUUCCAGAUCGCUUUUAAUUACGAUAAAACCCUCCAUUUGCCUCUAACAAGAGCGCGUAACAAUUCCAAAACUCUAUCUAUCUUCCCCAAACUUAUAUUUCCGGUUCUUGCCUCUGAUAACCCUUCCUUUUCUUUAUUUUUUCAAUGGAAUCAGCUGAUAAUGAAGUUGCCCACGAGUUCAGAUUCUUCAGGGUGUACAAAGAUGGUCGCAUCCACAUGUUCAUGCCAACCUGUGAAACAAUCCCACCAUUUGAUGACCCGGCCAGCGGAGUCCAAUCCAAAGAUGUGACCAUCUCAACCCAACCCUCUGUAUCUGUCCGUAUUUUCUUACCAAAACUCCAAAACCCUAAUCAGAAACUCCCUCUCUUAUUUUACAUUCAUGGAGGUGGUUUCUCCAUGAUGUCUGCCUUUUCCCCAGCCUACCACAGUUACUGUGCUGCUCUAGCUGCUGAGGCUAACGUCCUCGUUGUCUCCGUAGAGUACGGUCUCUUCCCAACCCGACCCAUACCCGCAUGCUAUGAAGAUUCGUGGGCAGCGCUUCAAUGGGUGGCGUCUCAUGUGAAUCGGAAUGGACCCGAGCAGUGGUUGAAUGAUCAUGCUAAUUUUGCGCAAGUUUUUAUUGGUGGGGAUAGUGCAGGGGGUAACAUAUCGCAUACUUCGGCGUUUCGGGUCGGGACAAUCGGGUUACCCGCCGGAGUAAAGGUGGUUGGGCUGAUUUUGGUGCACCCAUAUUUUGGUGGCACUGAAGAUGAUGAAAUGUGGCUGUACAUGUGUCCAGAUAAUAGAGGUUUGGAUGAUCCAAGGAUGAACCCGCCUGUGGAGGAUAUUGGGAGGCUUGGGUGUGAGAGAGUGUUGAUUUUUGUAGCUGAGAAAGACCAUUUGAACCCUGUGGGCAAAAACUACCAUGAGAAGCUGAAGAAAAGUGGAUGGAAAGGAAGCUUUGAACUUGUUGAAAACGAAAAGGAAGAACACUGCUUCCAUAUUCGUUAUCCCAACCAUGACAAGGCAUCGGAGUUGAUGAGAAAGUUUGUUUCCUUUCUUAAACAAGAGUAAUUUGGUUCCAUUUGUAAUGUAUGAACUUCCAUUGAAUAAAACAAGGCUUGAUUUAUGAUUAA